GAGCUGUCAAAGCAAGCAAGCAGACGUAAAAAAAUCGCCGCCGCUGCCGGAGUGGCCACUUGGCAUUUUAGUUUAUUUUUUCGGUGCGGUGCAAAACUCAAAGGUGGUAUCUUUCGGGGUGGACAAAAUGGCACAGUUUAAGGACCAGCUCAAGUUUGACAUCGAGUGGGGCCACGAGCGGCUGGUGCGCGCCCAGCAGACCGUGGAGGUGCGCCCGUACGACGUGGAAUCGUGGUCGGUGCUGAUCCGGGAGGGCCAAAGCCGGAACAUUAACGAGGUGCGGUCGCUGUACGAGUCGCUGGUGAGUGUGUUUCCGACGACGGCACGGUACUGGAAGAUUUACAUCGAGCAGGAGAUGAAGUAUCGGAAUUAUGAGCGGGUGGAGAAGCUGUUCCAGCGGUGCUUGGUGAAGAUUUUGAACAUUGACCUGUGGAAGCUUUACUUGACGUACGUGAAGGAGACGAAGGCCGGGUUGAGUACGCACAAGGAGAAGCUGGCCCAGGCGUACGACUUUGCGCUGGAGAAGAUCGGCAUGGAUCUGCACUCGUACACGAUUUGGCAGGAUUACAUUUCGUUUUUGAAGAGUGUGGAGGCGAUCGGGAGUUACGCGGAGAACCAGAAGAUUACGGCGGUGCGGAAGGUGUACCAGCGGGCGGUCAUUACGCCGAUCAUUGGGAUUGAGCACUUGUGGAAGGAGUAUAUCAUGUUUGAGCAGAACAUUAAUCCGAUAAUUUCGGAGAAGAUGAGUCUGGAGCGGUCGAGGGAUUACAUGAAUGCACGGCGGGUUGCGAAGGAGCUGGAGAUUGUGACGAAGGGGCUUAAUAGGAAUUUGCCGGCGGUUCCGCCAACGGCGACGAAGGAGGAGCUGAAGCAGGUCGAACUGUGGAAGAAGUAUGUGAACUUUGAGCGAUCGAACCCGUUGAGGAGUGAGGACACGGCGUUGGUCACGCGGCGUGUCAUGUUUGCCACGGAACAGUGUCUGCUGGUGAUGACGCAUCAUCCGGCUGUGUGGCACCAGGCCGCGCAGUAUUUGGACCAGAGCUCGAAGCAGCUGAUCGACAAGGGCGACUUGAAUGCGGCCAAGGUGUUUGCCGAUGAGGCUGCGAACAUUCUGGAGCGGGCAAUCAACAGCGUCCUCAGCCGGAACGCUCUGCUGUACUUUGCGUACGCAGACUUCGAGGAAGGUCGCCUCAAGUACGACAAGGUGCACCAGAUGUACAACAAGUAUUUGUCCAUAUCGGACAUUGACCCAACGCUGGCCUACAUUCAGUACAUGAAGUUUGCGAGGCGCGCCGAAGGAAUCAUCUCGGCGAGAGCCAUCUUCAAGAAGGCUCGCGAGGACAUCCGAUCAACGUACCACGUCUUUGUGGCCGCUGCCCUGAUGGAGUAUUACUGCACCAAGGACAAAGACAUCGCGUUCCGGAUCUUCGAGCUUGGCCUCAAGCGAUUCGGCGGCAGUCCCGAGUACGUCAUGUGCUACAUCGACUAUCUGUCCCACCUGAACGAGGACAACAACACCCGGGUCCUGUUCGAGCGCGUCCUCUCGUCCGGUGGCCUCACGCCGCAACUCUCCGUCGAAGUGUGGAACCGCUUUCUCGAGUUCGAAUCCAACAUCGGUGACCUGUCCAGUAUCGUCAAGGUCGAACGACGUCGCUCGGCCGUCCUCGAAAAGCUGAAAGAAUUCGAGGGCAAAGAAACGGCCCAACUCGUCGACCGGUACAAAUUCCUCAACCUGUACCCGUGCUCCUCGGCCGAGCUCAAAUCCAUCGGUUACACCGAAACCGACGGCAUCCUCAACCCUCUCUCGAACAAACUCCCAGCCGCAACCCCAGCAGACGCCCCCGAACAACCCCACCAGCUCCCACGCCCCGAUUUCGCCCAAAUGAUCCCGUACAAGCCCAAACCCAACGCCUACCCCGGCGAGCACCCACUCGACGGUGGCUGCUUCCCGCAACCCCCGGCCCUGGCCGCCCUCUGCUCGAUCCUCCCACCGCCCAUCUGCUUCCACGGCCCGUUCGUGUCGAUCGAUAAGCUCGCCGACGUCUUCAGCCGGAUCAUGCUGCCGGACAUCCCCCUGACGCCGCACUCCGGCGGUGGCGACAACGGCAUCAAGCUGUUCGACCUGGCCAAGGCCGUCCACUGGAUCGUGGACGAUAGCACCUACUCGGGCGAGGGUGGCCUCAAGCGGCGCCGAAUGGCCCCCGGCGGAGACGACAGCGACGAGGAGGGUGCCAUCGCGGCGGCACCACCCGUCAACGACGUGUACCGGGCGCGACAGCAGAAGAGAUUCAACCGAUAAGCGCCGAUAAGAGAGCGCGUCAAUAUUUUUCUUUUUCUUUACGUAUAUUAAGUGAUUGUAACCAACAAAAAAAAACCCAAUAUUUGAAGCACGAAUAAAGAGAGCGAAAACUUUAAA